UGCAACCUCCUCCUCAGUUAAUAUCAGUUCAAAUCACACAACUACCACCCAAAACAACUCACAGGAUCUCUCAAGAUGUUCUUCAUAUUUGGAAAUUUGAUUUAUAGUAUGUCUCCUCACACACUUUUGCUUCCACAUCUUGCACUUCUCCAUGCGCCAUAUCUACAUACCCUUUGCCUGCAUGAUAUAUUCCGAGCAUGGCGCGUUAAUUAUAAAUUUAUAUACUGAUUCUUCCAGUCAUUGUCCUUCUCACCAACGCCGUCGCAAUCUUAUCCGAAGAUCGUUUCCUCGCGCGCAGUUUGUUUCCCCAUUUACUCCCCCCUCUCUCGCCUUCCCCCUCCUCACUUUUCCUCCAUCUCACUCCUCUCAUCCAUUCAAAGCUCCGGAACCCGAAGCGUAUCAAGCCCUCGCUCACAGAAUUCUAACUAACAGACAAAUAGUCGGCUGGUCCAACUCAGUCGCUGAACCUGCUUUUGGCGGAAACAAUGCAGACACAAGUAUUAAAUCGAAACUCGUAAAUUUGAUGACAAGUGUUAGGACACUUAUGAGAAGUGAGUUUAUUUCAUUUCUCUGUUAUUUGUAUUUUUUCGGGGGAUUUUUAGGGAUUUCGGGAAGUUGGAGCAGAGUAGGGCGAAGCAGGUGGGAUGUUGAAGCGAAGGGAAGGAGACGUAAAACGAUCAGGCUGCGGGGAGUAUCCAAAGUGGAGAGAGCUCCGAGAUAGAAUCCAAAAGUGCAGUUUGAGAAGAGACUAUUAUCGGAGAAGCAAUCAAUACAAGCUAACACAACACCACAGUCCCCCUAAUAGGCAUCAACUCGGUAAUAAUCAUCUACGAAAUUGCACUCGGAUGAUUCCAAUUUCAAUUCCAAUUCCAAUUUCGAUUUCGAUAUCGCAAACCAGAACUGCAUUCUACGCAAGAUGGCAUGCAUGCAUAUCCAAAAACCAUCUCCAGAAUCAAGGCCAAAAACCAAGAAUAUGUACAAUUUGAAGCCAGGAAAAUUCAAGCAUACAGAACCAUCAGGCAUAGGGAGGAAAAUGUAACAAGAAACGAAAUUUCCUGACGGGCUUCAGAUGCGAAUAAUGCGCUUCAUUUUCAUAGGAAAAGAAUUCUCAGGAGCGCAUAUACUACAGAAUAGAAGAAGGGCUGGCGUUUAUGUAAUAAUGUAUCUACCAUCCACCUACCUAGGCAGUUAGAAGCUAUGCGAAGGAGUUAAGGAUCAGAGGGAAAAAAACAAAUAAAAACAUAGAAGAUCAACCAAGAUAUAUCUCACAAUACCAAUCAAGCAAGCACCC